AUGUCAUCAAGAAAGAAAACUUUAUUGAAAGUGAUCAUUUUAGGAGAUUCAGGUGUUGGUAAAACUUCCCUUAUGCAACAAUUUGUAAAUAAUAAAUUUUCACAACAAUAUAAAGCAACGAUAGGAGCUGAUUUUUUAACAAAAGAAAUUCUGUUGGAUAAUGGUAAAACAGUAACUUUACAAAUAUGGGAUACUGCAGGACAAGAAAGGUUUCAAUCAUUAGGAGUAGCGUUUUAUAGAGGUGCUGAUUGUUGUGUAUUAUGUUUUGAUGUAACAAAUGAAAAAUCAUUAAAUAAUUUAACUUCUUGGAAAGAUGAAUUUUUAGUACAAUCUAAUGUUACAAAUCCUCAAGAUUUUCCAUUUAUUAUAAUUGGUAAUAAAAUAGAUAUAGAUGAUUCUAAAAAAAUUCCAAGUUUAUCUAAAAAAUUAAAUCAAAUUACUCAAAAUCAAUUUGGUGGAUUAAAUUAUCCUGUUUUUGAAACAAGUGCAAAAGAUUCAGUAAAUGUUGAACAAGCAUUUGAAGUUGUUGCUAAAAUGGCUUUACAACAAGAAGAAUUAAAUGCUGCUAAUGGUGGCGAGGGGGAUGAUUAUAAUGAUGCUAUUAAUAUUCAUUUGGAAAAUGAUUCAAGUAGUUGUGGAUGUUAA